UUAUUAUGUCACUUUGUUUGAUGAGAAAAUUUAAUUGAAAUUGGAUUUUAAUUAAAUUGUAUUACAUAAUCAAAAUACGACCAUUUCAUUUUAUCUGCAUGCUUGUUUAGAUAGAAAACUGCAGGGCUAACAGCAACCAUAGACCUCAAAAAAGACUUUGAAAAACAUAAUAAAUAAUGUUUUUUUCUGUUUUAUUGUUCCUGCUUAUGUUUUUACUUCCAAAUACUACAUCUACUGAUGUUAAAGUGUCGGACACUUCAUUGGGGAAUGCCAGUGCAAAUUAUAAAGUCUUUGAAAAGUGGUCUCAAGCAGCAAGUGACUGGACUAAAGCAGCRGUCAUUGGUUUUACUGCUAUGACAUUGAUAACUUCCAUCGUUAGCAACAGUCUCAUCAUCCACAGUGUUCGAGUCAACAGMCACAUGCAUUCAACAACAAACUUCUUUAUUGUCAACUUGACCUGUGCUGAUCUUCUAUAUGCAUUUUACACUGGUCCUUAUACUCUUCAUUUUCCUCUUGGAUGGUAUUCCUGGUUCUCGGGGCUUUUUGGAAGAAUUACUUGUGUUGGAUGGCAUGUUAUACAAGUAACAAUAUACAUAAGCUCAUCAUUCAGCCUCGUUAUUAUAACUUUUGAUAGAUUCAUGGCGGUUAGCCGUCCUCUCAAAUACAAAAACUACAGCACGUCUUGUAAAUACCUAAUACCAUUGAUAUGGGCGAUUUCUUUUAGCUUAGCAUUUGCAAUAUCAUAUUAUUCAAUGUCUUUGGUUACCCUCCAUGGUGGCAAAGCAUUCUGCAUCCCAAAGUACGCAAAUGAUACAGAGAUUUUUAUGUUCGUUGGAUAUCUUAGUCCACUCGCUUUUGUCAUUCCACUAGCCAUCAUGAUUGUGUAWAGAAUAAGGACUAGAAAGGUCCCAGGGGAGGGAGGGACGGGAGGACAAAGUGCUGCACUAAGGUUGUCCAAGAGAGUAACAUAUAUGGUAAUUUCUGUGGUCCUUGCCUUCAACAUAACAUGGGCGCCGAUUUUCAUAGCUGAUACUUUUGCACUCAAAAAUCCUAAGUUGGGAUGGCUGCAAGGUAUUGUUUUCCCUAUCGCAUACUCAAUAUCGUUUCUUAACGGGUUAUUUAACCUUGUUAUCUACUACACUUUUAGUCAGAAUUUUCGCUGUGCUUUUAAAGAGUUAUUUAGGAAAUUGUCAAGAGCGCAAAGCGGUAACAACAUUCAUCCUCGCGGGGGGGUUGUUGAUUCAUCUAAAAUGUAG